AUGGAUACAAAAAAUAAAACCAGUGGUGCAUUUAAGCGAAAACAGAGAAAACAAAGAGAAGAAAUGAAACAAAAGUUGCCGAAAAUGGAUAAAUUUUUAACUAAAACUAAAUGUGAUAUAAGUACUGUUAGUACUGAAACGGAAAAUGUUGACUCAUCAGUAUCGAAUGAAAAAUUGACAACACCCACGAUAAAAGAACCUUUGGUCUCCGAAUUAUUUAAAAUGUCCAAUGACUUAGGUAAUUUUAUACACAAAAAAUUAAAUGAUACUGAAAAACGACUUAUUUUUGAUAUGGGACCAUUAAAACCUUCAGGACCAUUUCCAAAAGACCCUCAUCAGGGCAACAGGAGUUUUUCUGAAUCAUAUUAUAUUUUUCAAACUAAAUAUGGACCAGUUAACCGUUUUUGGCUAUGUUAUUCCCCAUUGCUAGAUGCAACCUAUUGUCAACCGUGUUGGUUGUUUUCUUUGCAAAGAAGUACUUGGUGUACGGGUCUUCGAGACUGGAAGCACUUAUCAGAAAGAAUUAAGGAACAUGGUUUUUCGAAAAACCAUAUUGAGGCAUGUGCUGUAUACGAAAUGUGGCAAAAAAAUAUAAAUAUUGACAAAGAUCUUGAAAAUCAAAUUCGUAAAGAAGCAUCAUUUUGGAGAAUGGUUCUUCAAAGGUUAUUUGAUAUUAUAAUUACUCUUGCAACUAAUUCUUUGGCAUUAAGAGGACAUCGGGAGGAUUUAAGUCUAGAAGGAUAUCACGGCAAUUUUUUAUCAGUUGUACAACUUGUCUCCAGAUAUGAUCAAGUCCUAAAUCAAGUUUUGGAAAUGCCAAAAGGUAAUACACUUGAAGGCCAUUUGUUGGAAAACAUUCGAGCAUCACCAUUUUUCGCUAUUAUUAUGGAUACCACGCAAGAUAUAGCAAAAGUAGAUCAGCUGAGCAUUGUUGUAAGGUACGCAGCAAUAUCCAGGUCUGAAAAUGGGCAGCCAGUUGAUAUAAAAGUAAAAGAAGUGUUUCUUGGUUUUUAUGCUGUCACUAAGCAUAGUGCUGUAGAUUUAGUUAAACAGGUGAUUACAUUAUUUUCCCAUAAAAAUCUUGAUUUAAAAAAGUGUGUAGGCCAAGGUUAUGAUGGGGCAAGUGUAAUGAGUGGUAGGUAUAAUAGCGUACAAAAUCACAUUAAGGAUAUUCAACCAAACGCUGAGUAUGUACAUUGUGCCAGUCAUAAUUUAAAUUUAGUAAUAAACGAUGCUGUUCGCGGUUGUAUGGAAAUACAGCAUUUUUUCGUUACUUUACAAGAGCUGUAUAACUUUUUGGGAAACAGUAUUAAGCGCUGGGAUCUGUUAUCAAAAUUUACAAGCGAAUCUGAAGUCACUUUGAAAAAAUUAAAUCCGACAAGAUGGUCUAGUAGGAUAAAUACAAUAACUGCAGUUAAACUCCGGUUUUUUGAUAUUAUUAAAUGUCUAUCUGAAAUAGCUCUUAACUCAAAAAAUGUUGACGAACGCAAUGAAGCAGAUAAUAUUAAAAAAAAAUUGUUUAAAUUUGAAUUUGUGUUGCUUUGUGAAUUCAUGUACCAUGUUUUAAACAACAUAAAUUAUGCAUCCAAAAUUUUACAAAAAGUUGAUAUUGAUUUGGAUCAAGCAACUUCUGAUCACCGAUUUGGUAACAGAAAAGAGAUAUUUAAAAUAACCAUUUUUAAUAAUAUAUUGGACAUAAUUAUCACUCAAUUAAAUACACGUUUUAUUGGUAUGAGUAAAGUCAACAAAAUAUUUGAUUUUUUAACUCCAAAAGUAUUACGUAGUAUUGACGAAAGAACUCUGUUGCAAAAAUGUGAUCAGUUUCAAAGCAAGUAUUCAGAUGUAAUAGGACCAAAUUUUUCGCUCCAGUUUCUCAAUGUUUACCAUCUAACUUUUCCUGAAUUAACUAAGACGUGUAAUGUUUACCAGUUAUGCAAGGAUAUAAUAACCAAAUUCGGAGUGAUGGAAUGUGAUAUAACAGAAGUGUUUAUGGCAAUUUUACUAUUUUAUACCAUUCCUGUAACUUCAGCAGGAGCUGAAAGAUCCUUCAGCAAACUAAAAAUAAUUAAAAAUUAUCUUAGAAAUAGUACCGGACAAGAUCGACUCAAAUAUUUAUCAUUGAUUGCAGUUGAAAACAAAGCAGCUUCAAAAUUGGAUUUAAGUGAAGUGAUAGAUCAAUUUGCUAAUAUUAAAGCUCGUAAAAGAUUAUAA